AUGGAAGUAGAUCAAAUAGUAUCACAAUCUUCUUUUUCCAUGUUAGAAGGAAAAGUGGACAGCAGAAUCUUGAAAGCAUUGAAUUCUAUGGGUAUGGAGAAACCAACUCGUAUUCAAGCUGAAGCUUUACCACAUUUACUUCAAGGGAAAGAUCUUAUUGGUGCGGCCAAAACAGGCAGUGGAAAGACCUUGGCAUUUUUAAUACCAGUUGUUGAAAAUUUGCUCAAGUUAGGAUGGUCUGCUAAGGGAGGUACUGGAUGUAUAAUUUUAUCACCUACAAGAGAACUAGCAUUACAAACAUCUGAUGUAUUGAAGAAACUUCUAAUGAACAUUCCUUUAUCACAUUGCCUUAUUGUGGGAGGUGAGAAAAGAGCUAAAGACAUUAUAAAAUUGAAGAAAGGUGCAAAUAUCAUAGUCGGAACUCCCGGUCGGUUUUUAGACCAUUUGCAAAGUACUGAAAAGUUUAAUUGUAACAAGCUGCAGUGUUUAGUGUUAGAUGAGGCUGAUAAACUUUUAGAAGCAGGCUUUCAGAAGCACAUAACUGGCAUUGUUAAUUUGUUACCAACAAAAAGACAAACAGUUUUAUUCAGUGCUACUAUGGGCGAAAAUGUCAAGAAUCUCGCCAGGUUGGCAUUGAGAACUGAUCCAGUUUUAGUAUCUGUAAAUGAUAACAAAACAUCCACAGUGACGGGAUUGCAACAGGGGUAUUACAUUUGUCCAGUAGAAAAAAGGAUAGCAUGGUUGUACAAAAUGCUGAAGAAAAGUAAAAAGCUUAAAGUUAUGGUAUUCUUCUCGUCGUGUCGGUCUGUGGAUUUUCAUCACGAAUUUUUCCAAGAACAUUGCAAAGCUUCUGUUUUAAGUAUACAUGGUCAGCAAAGUCAAGCUAGGAGGAAAGAAGCGUAUCAUAAUUUUAUUGAAGCGCAAAAUGGAGUUUUAUUUUGUACUGACGUGGCUGCACGCGGUUUGGAUAUUCCUAGUGUUGAUUGGAUUGUGCAGUAUGACCCACCUUCAGAUCCUAAGGAAUAUAUUCAUCGAGUUGGUCGCACGGCCAGAGGACUCAAUAACAAAGGAAAUGCAGUCAUAUUAUUAAGACCAGAAGAAGAGAGUUUUAUCAAAUUUUUGGAAAAAGAAAAGGUGUUUUUAGAUAAAUACACUUUUGGAGAACCUCCUAAUGAAGUUCAAGGAAUGCUAGAAGAUUUAAUAGCUAAUAAUGGAGUAAUGAAGACAUCAGCAAGGAAGGCGUACCUGUCAUUUCUCAGGUGUUAUAAGAAGCAUCCGCUGAAGAAGAUAUUCGAUAUCAACUCUUUGGAUUUAAAAUUAGCUGCAAAGGCCUUUGGGUUUCAGGAACAGCCUCACGUGGACUUUUUACCGAAAAAGAAAUGA